CUGAAAGUCACAGCAGAGCAGGGGGCCUGGUUUAGGAGUGAUCGGAGCAUCAUCAGCAUAGCGUUACCAACAUGGGGAACUGUUGUGAUGGCAUGAGGAGUUUCUUUGGCCGGCAAAAGAACACCAAUAUCCGUGUUAGUCUGCCGGCUGUCUGCUUCGUCUGGCAGAUUGCUAUGAUUAUCCUGUUUGGAGUUUUCAUCCGGUAUGAUGAGGAAUCAGAUGUUCGGAAAUGGAUAGAGCACAAAAUUAGCCACAACAUCACCAGCAAUAUCGAAAAUGACUUCUACUUCAGAUAUCCCAGCUUCCAGGACGUCCACGUAAUGAUCUUUGUUGGAUUUGGUUUCCUCAUGACCUUUCUGAAACGCUACAGCUUUGGUGGUGUGGGCUUCAACUUCCUGAUCGCCUCCUUCGGUCUGCAGUGGGCUCUUCUCAUGCAAGGCUGGUUCCACUCCCUCGACCCAAACACCGGAAAAAUCUCUAUCGGAGUUGAGAGUCUGAUCAAUGCAGACUUCUGCUGUGCCGGCUCCCUGAUUGCCUACGGUGCCCUCCUGGGAAAAGUUAGCCCCGUCCAGCUGAUGGUUGUCACCUUAUUUGGCGUCACACUGUUUGCCGUGGAGGAGUACAUCAUCCUCAGCCUCCUUCAUUGCAGAGACGCUGGUGGCUCCAUGGUCAUUCACGCCUUCGGAGGGUAUUAUGGACUGGCCAUCUCCUGGGUCCUCUACAGACCAAACUUACACCAAAGCAAACGCCUCAACGGGUCUGUCUACCACUCUGACCUCUUUGCCAUGAUUGGUGCUCUGUUCCUGUGGAUGUUCUGGCCCAGUUUCAACUCGGCCAUCACAGACCAUGGUGACGGACAGCACAGAGCUGCCAUCAACACAUACCUGGCCCUCGCUUCUUCUGUCCUCACCACUGUGGCGAUCUCCAGCAUGUCUGAGAAGAGAGGAAAACUGGACAUGGUGCAUAUCCAGAAUGCCACUCUGGCAGGUGGUGUUGCCAUGGGAACAGCAGCAGAGUUCAUGAUCACGCCCUAUGGUUCAUUAAUCGUGGGUUUCUGCAGUGGCAUCAUCUCCACCUUUGGCUACCUGUUUGUCACGCCCUUCUUGGAGAAAUACCUCAAGCUCCAGGACACAUGUGGUGUCCACAACCUGCACGCUGUGCCGGGGAUGCUCGGCGGCUUUAUUGGCGCCAUUGUUGCUGCAGCAGCCACUGAAGAUGUCUAUGGCAAAGAGGGGUUGAUCCAGGUAUUUGACUUUGAAGGCAAAUUUGCAACCAGAUCUGUCUUAACCCAGGGAGGCUUCCAGGCUGCUGGCACAUGUGUGGCUAUUGCGUUUGGACUUGUUGGAGGAGCCAUAGUUGGCAUCAUUCUAAGGUUCCCAAUAUGGGGCGACCCUGCUGAUGACAACUGCUUCGAUGAUGAAACUUACUGGGAGGUUCCUGAGGAUGAGGAGAGCAUCCCUCCUGUUCUGGAGUACAACAACCACAUGAUACACAAGCACCAAGAGAUAUCCGAGUCAAACUUCUCCGUGGAGCAAAGUUAGACAGAACAACCCUCUCACAUCACUUUAAACUUGAUACAGCUGUGAAACUAAUCCAUGAAGGGGCCAAACUUAAAAAAUGUGCAAUUCUACAAGAAAGGAAUGAUAUUGCUAACACUUGGGUCCUCUGCCACGCUUGUUUCGCAUCAUUUUCGCCUGAUAUAUUUGUCAAUGAUUGGAAGCUUGAGGUUAUGACAGUGAUGACCAAAUAUCUUGCUACUGGAAAAAUGAUUAUGAAUCAAAACUUCUUGAGGGAUUUUAAACAGCAUUUACUUUCUCUUUCAUUUUGGAUUUAACCUGAUAUAAUUUUCAGAUGCUUAAUGACUGUAAAAUAGAUAUCCAAUGAAUCCAAGCAGCACGAUGAGAGGUCAAAGACACUUUAUGUUGUGGAAGAUGGUUGCUAUGCAUGCAAGAACUGAGAAACAUUUUCACAACUUUGGAAAUGCAUCACUGUACAUAAGUGGCUGUAAAUCUUUUAUUUUAAAACUCUGAAUAGUUUUUAAUAUUAUGUAUUUUAAUUGUUGAAUAUGAUCAUUGAUGAUGUUUGCCUAUUGUUUCUCAUCUCACCUCUUAUUUAGUUUUGUGUAAAAAAAAAAAAAAAAAAGAAGGAGCUCAGUGAAUAAUCAAAGGUAUUUGUGAAGUUAUUUAGUUAUUUCUUUCAAUUUUUAGACUUUGUGUAUAUAUGAGUUUUAUUACUCACUAUUUUUUUGUUGCACUUGUUCUUUCGGUGGAAGUUUUGAGUAAAUACUGUAUCUAUGAUACAAUUUCCAGCAGUUUGGGUGCUGUAGUGUUGAAUGUGACAGUCUGUUUAUUGUAUUAUUAACAUUUAGUUUAAUAUUUACACAUUCAAAAAUCACUGGCAUUUUAAUAAAGUUAUAUUAUUGUCUUUACACUUCUGAUGAAAAUGCAACAAUGUCAAAACUAAAUUAUUACAAUACUGAUAUUACUGAUACUACUGUGAUAGCCACACUCAUGUACCUUAAUAACUGGAAUAAAUGACAAUCAUGAUGUGAAAAUUUUCCUCUGUGCAUACGUCGAUAAAAUAUAUGAACAAAUGUGAAUUAAAAUCAUUAAAGGAAUACUUCACCCCCCAAA